UUUUAUUUCCUCAGCAAUCGAUGAGUACAAGCCCCUGGAUGCCACCACCAACCCGUCUCUCAUCCUGGCUGCUGCCCAGAUGCCAGCCUACCAGGAGCUGGUGGACGAUGCUGUUGCCUAUGGAAAAAAACUGGGCGGGUCAGAAGAGGAACAGAUCAAAAACGCUUGUGACAAACUUUUUGUCUUAUUUGGAGCUGAAAUCCUGAAGAGGAUACCGGGCCGCGUGUCCACAGAAGUAGAUGCAAGGUUGUCCUUUGAUAAGGAAGGAAUGAUUCAACGGGCCAGGCGCCUCAUUGACCUUUAUAAGGAAGCAGGAAUUGGUAAAGAUCGUAUUCUCAUCAAGCUCUCAUCAACAUGGGAAGGAAUCCAGGCUGGCAAGGUGCUGGAAGCAGAGUACGGGAUUCACUGCAACAUGACCCUGCUGUUCUCCUUCGCCCAGGCCGUUGCCUGCGCCGAAGCUGGAGUCACUCUCAUUUCCCCCUUCGUAGGACGUAUCCUGGAUUGGUACGUUGCAAAUGGAGAUAAGAAAACCUACGAGCCUUCAGAAGAUCCAGGAGUGAAGAGCGUCACUAAGAUCUAUAACUAUUACAAGAAGUUUGGCUACAAAACCAUCGUGAUGGGUGCUUCGUUUCGAAACACGGGAGAAAUAAAAGCGCUCACAGGCUGUGACUAUCUCACCAUUUCACCCAAGCUUUUGGCAGAGCUCAGCAAAGAGCACGUCAAGUUAACCCCCACGCUCAGUAUAAAGGAGGCUCAGGCCUGUCCGCUUGAGAAGAUCCACCUGGAUGAGAAGGCAUUCCGCUGGCUCCAUAACGAGGACCAAAUGGCUGUGGAGAAACUAUCUGAUGGGAUCCGAAAGUUUGCUGCAGAUGCAAUUAAGCUGGAGAGGAUGUUGAAGGAGCGAAUGUUCAGCGCUGAAAAUGGAAAGUAGAAAAAUCAGGCUGCCCCUGAGUGCUCCAGGCUGAAUGAGUGGAUCAGCUGAGGUUCAGUGGAUGUACAAAUGUCGUACCUGUCACAGUCUCAUGCUAUGUAUGGAUAGAUUCCUGUAUGAUGCUUUUAUAUCAAUUUGCAAAGGGACAAAUAGAAUUUCAAAUUUUUGUGGCACUUUUGUCAAUACAUGCAAAAUUAACACAGACUUUCCUUGUAACGUGCUCAUUUCCCUGCUGCAGGGGACCCCUGAUGUAGUAUUUUAAUUUUUUUAUUAAAUUCCUAAUUAAGUUUACAUUCCUAACACAUUAA